CUUGCAUUCACGUAACCCAAUCUUUUCUUCUAAUUGACAGGCGUGAAAUACCGGUUAACAUUUGACGUUUCUGACGUUGACAUCCGCAUCAUUGAUUCACUGCUGUCAUGGCGUGUCUACAGCUCACGGACAAACGGUCACUUGUGAACUUGGAGCUACAUGGACCUAUCAAACGCCACAUCAUUACGACAACGCCUACCUCGUGGCUUUAUCUUCUCGGACUUUCCUCAUUCCGCAAACUCAGACACCAACGUAGAAGCACACUUUUCUGAAGAUCAAGCUUGAAGAUAAUGCCAGCAUUCUUUCAGCACCUGCGGCAUCCGUUCCGUGGACACUCUCGACGCCAUUUGCAAAGGCAGGCUCGAAUGCAGGAAGAUGAAGGGAAGCAAAAGGCCGACACCGACGAAGAGCGCGACUCCGACCUCGACGAAGGUGAUCCAGAACAAGCGCUUCCUGAACUCCCUCGGCUUGUGGAUAUGGGACCUCCGAUCGUUAGAUAUUGCAGAAAGGACGAUUUGUUCUGGAAUAGUGUUAUGCGCGAAGAGGACACGCCGCCCCCGGGAGAGGAGCGUAUGAGGGAUAGGAAAGUGGAAAAGUAUCCUUACUAUCGGGUGGAAGAGCCAAGCAGGCCUGCUCGGAGGAAGAAUGAAGAACUAGUGGAACUGGAAGCGAAGGAGGCCAGAAAUGUCCAAGACUCAGUGCCGCAAACGCGCAAAGGCAAAGAGAAGGCAGAUGUCCCACUUGGCAGUUCACCGAAACCACGCGAGCGCAGUCAUUAUCUGGAAACAGCAUUCCCCUCAAAUAGCACCGCCAAAGGCCCAACAACGUCCGAUGCCGUCCACCUCUCCCAGGAGUCCACCCCAAGCCCGCCUCCGCUCCCUCCGCGCCCAGCCUACCACUCCAGCAAACUUCGCACAGGCAGCUCCCAAACAACCACUACGCCACGAACCAGCAAAGACUUCGACGAAUCCGUGCUCCUGCCCGUCGAUCGAUCAAUGUACAUCUACCGCAACGAAGAAGGCCAACGCAGACUCGUCUUGCCCUCCACUCCCCAGCAACACCUAGCCAUGUCAGAACCAUCCCAUCCUUUCUGGAGAAGGUCGCCAUCACCUCAACCAAGUCCGCACAGGGAGCAGUCGACGGGAUUGACGUGGAAUGUUGCGCUGAAUCGCAUUCUUGAGCAUGAGCUUGUGGAUCCGGCGAUGAAAGAGGGCGUUAGGGAAAGGAUAAAGGAGAGUAAGAGGCAGAACGGGGAUAGUAUGGAUAGGUUCGUGAGUGCGGUAGAUGUUGGAUUGGUGCCGAACUUUUCGUAUCCGAUUGCAGGGAGUGCGUUUUAUGAUCGGCUACUCACAGAGCGUUUGCAGCAACCGCAGCAGGAAGAGCUGGAAAACGCAUAUCGGCCACGCACGGGAUUUACAGUAGAGGGAGAACCGCCCCCAUACGAAGCAACGCCUGAUAUCCAAGGCGGCUCUGGAGACUGGCCUCUCCCCAACCAACCCCUCCCGAAUGGCGUCCCUCCCAGGAGCUCAUCCCCCGCAAGCAGCUUAAACACCACCUACUCCGAUCCCACACACGCCCGCCCCAGCGGCCUCGCUACGACCCCCGAAGUCGCCCUCUACCGGCUCCUCUCCUCCCCCAGUCCGCGCUGCUCCCCUCUAACUACUAUAUCCCACCACGAGCGCACAAUUGCCACGCAAACUAAACUCAUCCGCAAACUACAUAAGAACUUCGAUAAACUGAGGGAGAAGAACGAGUAUUUGAUUGAGAGGAAUAUAGCGUUGGAGGAUGAGGUCUUACCGAAGGUGGCGGGGUGGCUCGAGCAGGCACAGUGGAAGGUGGGCGAGUUGGAGGUUGUGGUUGCGGGGUUGAAGGAGGAGGGUGAGGCGGUUUGGGAGUGUCUGGCGUGGGUGGAGGGUGUACUUAGGAGUUGCUGGAAGAGGGAACGGGAGGUGAUGGGGUUGAUGAGGGGGAUGAGGGAGAGUGUGCAGGCUCAGGGUCUGGCUCAGGGUCAAGCAAAUGGACUACUGAGGCGAUUGUUUGGAGGGAGAACGAGCUCUCAGAUCUCUCUUGGGCCUACCACGGAAGGACAACAUACACACGCGGCCGGAUCUACGCCCCGCGGAAGCCCACGGGCGGCGAGCCGAUCCUCAUUGCUGAACUCUGAACUGGAUACCUUGGCAGCGAUGACGGAGCGCAAUCUGAAAAGUUUGAGAGGGAAUAUUGAAGAGAUGGAUAGAAUGAUCAAGCAUUGUGCGCUGCUGAGAGAGAAGGUGAGGCAGUUUGAGAGAAGUACCAAAGAUGAUGAACCGAGGGCGGAGGGGUGGAGGGAUGUUUAGAUGCUGGUUUUGAUGUUCUAGUUGAUAGACUUGAUAUUGUUUCUGCUUUCAUAGUAAGCAC